AUGCACGUUAUCCUGUCCAGAAGAAUCAAGAGCACCGCAGAGAUGGAAUGCAGCCUCCAAGAGUUCGAGAAGAGUUGCGUCCGACGGGCCAUCGUUUCUCCACACUGGUUGUCCGGCAGUGACAGCGUAUUUUGGUACAGGCGAGAAGGCAGAAUAGGAGAGUUUCAAUUUAUCCUCGUCGAUUGCGAAAGGGAACUUUGUCGAACCGCUUUUGAUCAUGCCGGACUUGCCUCGGAGCUUGGAAAAUAUAGCAAGGAGCAGAUCAAUCCCGGCAACCUUCCCUUUUCCUGGAUCAACGUGCCGGUCAACGCUGCUUGGGUGCGCUUUCAGUUCGAUGGCCAGACUUGGCAAUAUACAGACGACGGAAAGCUGGAAGUUUGGCAGGGGGGGUUCGAUCCAGGUAGCUUUGAUUAUGGCUGCGAAGAGUUUCCUUCGCCAUACUCGCGCCAGGCAAGUGAUAUUACCUUCAUCAACAACACGGCCGAUGCCAUCAGCUGUUAUUGGAUUUCCAAUUCCGGAGACCCUCAGCACUAUGGAUCGAUACAACCGGACCAGUCCAAAACCAUAUCCUCGUACGUCGGCCACCUUUGGCGCCUAUCGGUAGACGACUCCGAGAAGCGUGUGGCGUGCACCGUGAAGAAUGGACCCUGCACCGUGACCAUUGGAGAGUCUCCCCUUGGCCUCGCCCUUCGAUGGGAAACUGCCUUGGCCGGCCAGGAGUCUCCGCAGGCACCGAGCACCGGGCCCAAGCCGUUCAUUCGCAACUUCAAUCUCUGGUGUCGAAGCUCGGACGGCGCGGAGAAGCAAAUUUCCUUUGACGGCAACGCGGACAACGAGUUCAAGGACAUGUACCCGUCGCCUAAUGGUCGACACGUGGUGGUAAAACAAUGCAGGCCGCCAUCCAAGCAAUCCCUCUUGUACAUGGUGGACUCGUCCCCAAAGGACCAACUGCGUCCAGCAUUGAUUAGCGAGGAGUAUCUUAGGCCCGGGGACAACGUCGAACAUCAAAGACCACGCCUUUUCGACCUCGAGGCGAACAGAGAGAUCCUUGUCGAUGAUGCCUUGUUUCGAAACCCCUUUUCACUGACCAACGUUGGCUGGUCAGGGGACGGUCGGCGGUACCGAUUUCUAUUCAACCAACGCGGCCAUCAAUCCCUACGGCUUCUAGAAAUAAUCAUGAACGGUACUGUAACCGUUCUUGUCGAGGAGAGCAGCAAAACCUUUGUUGACUAUGCCAACAAGCUGUUCUACAAACUCCUACCAUCAAGCAACGAAAUUCUUUGGGCCAGUGAGCGAGAUGGCUGGAACCACCUCUACCUGUUUACGCUCGACGAUGGUACUUUGAAAAACCAAGUGACCAAGGGACCCUGGGUAGUACGGUCCGUCGAGCACAUUGACGAGGAAAAACGUCGAAUCUGGUUUCGUGCGUUCGGCAUCGAACCAGGCCAGGACCCGUACUACGCGCAUCUGGCAUCCGUCGCCUUUGACGGAUCCGAUCUUCGGGUGUUAUCGAAAGGAGACGGUACCCAUACUUGGACGUGGGGGCCAAAAAAGCGUUUUCUACUCGAUAGCUGGUCGCGGGUUGAUUCCCUACCUCAAGCUGUCGUCCGAGAAGCACGGACGGGCAAGAGAGUCGUCUCCCUGCAGCAGGUCGUGCCCCAUGCGGACUGGAUGCCCCCGGAGAGAUUUGCUGCGCCGGGGCGGGAUGGAAAGACAAGCAUCUACGGCAUCAUCAUUCGUCCAAGCGACUUCCACGGCGCGACGAAGUAUCCCGUGAUCGAAUACAUUUACGCCGGCCCGCAAGGUUUCAACACGCCCAAGGCGUUUCAAGACCUGACAAGGCUUCGCCGAGUCGCGAACCAAGGCUACGUCUUGGUAUGCAUGGACGGCAUGGGCACCAACUGGCGGUCCAAAGCCUUCCACGAUGUUUGCUACAAGGACCUAAAGGACGGCGGCUUCGCAGACCGCAUUGCCUGGAUUCGCAGCGCGGCCGAGUCGCGACCUUGGAUGGACUUAUCCCGCGUCGGCUGCUACGGCGUCUCCGCCGGCGGGCAGAACGCGGCCGCAGCCGUGAUUCAUCAUGGCGGCUUCUACAAGGCUGCCUUUGCGUCGGCCGGAUGCCACGAUAACCGGAUGGACAAGCUCUGGUGGAACGAGAUGUGGAUGGGCUACCCGGUCGACGCGAGCUAUGAGGAUUCGUCCAACAUGACUCACGCGCACAAGUUGAGCGGCGCCUUGAUGCUGGCGGUAGGUGAGCUCGAUAAAAAUGUCGAUCCGGCAUCGACGCUGCGGCUGGCAAGUGCCCUGAUCGAGGCGGACAAGGACUUUGACUUGGUCUUUGUCCCCGGCGGCUCCCAUCAUGUGCACACCAUGACUUUUGUGAUGCGAAAGCAAGACGCAUUCUUUAGGAAACACUUGAAGAAAUGA